UUCACCAACGUGGAUCUUUGCGAUAGCGAUCGUCAUGGACGUUUCACAUUCUCAGCCUCGGCGGCUAAACGGUCAGCCUCGUUCUCAGCCUGCAGACGAGACCAUACAUAACACGAACUUCCCCUCCUCCGCCCCCCCACCGAACGCUUCAGCCUCAGCUCUCAGAACUGGCCAUCCAGCAUGACAUUCUUGAACCCUCUCUCGCGGCCAGCAGACAUCGGUGACCUUGUCCAGCGAAUACAAGAUGAAGAGCGGUUCAAAGUCGAGAAGAAAGGGCUGGAGGCGCUGGUGCGACAGAUGGUGCAGCGGUUUCGCGAUCGCCCGCUGCCAAGCUACUACACGGACGCCUCUCGACUAUCCGACGUGACGGACGCGGGGCAAUACAAUGAUUUGAUGCGGAAGUUUCAGAACGAGAUCAUUGAGCAUUCUUCCGAAGGGAAUGUCCCCGAUCGCGAUCUCUUGCCAAGCUACAACUAUGGCCUCCGGCGUCACCGCGGUCGGACAUCUGGGGGCUAUUUGAUGGCACCCCUCAAGGCGCUCUCGACACGGCUGAAGACGGCAAUUGAGAUGGCGGAUCUCCAGACCCAAUAUCACCUCGUUUUUAUCAUAGGUUCGCUGCUGGAGAUAGCAAACGACAUCAAGGUCUCCGGGAUCGACCACGACGAGGUCCACCAACCACUGCUCAAGCAGCUGCGUGAGCUGCGAGAGCAUGACGAGCCGCGUCUAUCGCAAGCGGCCAGCUAUGCAUACGAAGCUUUGCGAGGUGUGCCCGAUAAUCUAGGCCCAUGGGAUGUGUUCUGGAGGACAGGAGGCACCGUGUUCAAGGUGCUGACGAAGCUUGCCAGCGCCGUACCGAACAUGGAUCCAUCGAAAUUCAUCGAGGCGGCACCGGACUUUUUCGAGAUGGUCGAGCUGUUCAGCAAGCUAUUGGAGUCCAUUCAGGAUAUCAAGGAGGGGGCGCAAGACCUAAAGGGCGCCUUUCUGGAGGAUAUCGAAAGGUCCGGGAAAUCAAGAAUCUGGUCCGAUGUCCUGCACUUUACUGGCCCCCUUUUGGCUGCUGGAGACCAGUCACCGGAAGCAGCCGCCAAGGCGUUUACCAUUCUACAGGAUGUGCUGGGCAACAUACCUUGUGAAAACAAAUGGCAGUUUUGGAGUGGAUUGUAUGCUCAGUUGGAACAAUCCUGGAUCAAUGGCAACGAUAACAUGAAGACCCAAGUCGUCGAGUUCGUCCAAAGGACAUUUUCCAGCGUCAAGGCCAAAGAUGUGCGCGUCCAGAAGUGGAUCGCCCUGAUUUCCGAGACGAUGCGUCGUCCAGAGUGGGUAAAUCAUGGCUUGAAACAUCAACACAGAUUCCCAUUUCACUUCAAAAACAGAGAAAGCACCACGGUGAAGUUGCAAAAGCCCUUCCGACAGGAGAAAAAAGAUCGCACCCCGGAGCAUUUGCUGGACGAUGCGUGGCGGACUUGUCCCGAGGCACAAGAAUUCUACGCAUACGCUGGAGUCAUCCGGUACUAUCUGCAGUCUGAACGGCUGAUGAUCCGGAGACUUUCGGGCAGCAAGCUGGACAUGGAAAGUUGCUAUAUCAAUCUCAGUCUGGUCGAAAACUUGAUAGAGUACGAGAAACCUCGCGAAGAGUUGGAAACUUCCAUGCGAGAGCGACUCAAAGCUCCCAGAACGACCGACCAACAGAACUUUCAGCUCCGUGAACUUUUCGAAAAGCGCAAAUUGCGAGAUGAGCGCAUUUACAGGCCAAAGCGAGUCUUGAUCAGGGGCCGCCCGGGAGUUGGCAAGACUACGCUGUGCAAGAAAAUCGUCCACGACUUCAUCCAUGGCCGACUGCCAUGGAAAUUCGACCAUAUCUUUUGGAUACCCCUCCGGAGCUUGCGAAAGUAUUCCAGCCUAGAGGAGUUUCUUCAGCAGGAAUUCUUUGCCGCUCGUCCAGACCAAGAACUUUUGGGUGAAGCAUUGAAGAGGAUACUCUUCGCCCAAACCAGUUCAAAGACCCUCUUCCUUCUUGACGGUUUCGAUGAAAUUGCCGAAGAUGCGAGGGCUGAAGGAAGACUGAGAGACUUGUUCGGUCUCUUCCAAGAUCGCAAAAAUGUGAUCAUAACCUCAAGGCCCUAUGCCAUCAGUGCAUCCGAGUUCAACGACCUCGAUCUCGAACUGGAGACCAUUGGGUUUCUCCCCGAUCAAGUCCAGGAAUAUCUCUCUCAGGCCGGGAGCCAAGGAGAGAUCUCGAUGGGCGAGGUCGAGAAAAUCAAGGCCUUUGUUGAAGAAAAUUGGCUAUUGGAUGGGCUGCUCCAAAUCCCCAUCCAACUCGACGCCUUGUGCUACACGUGGGGGAACGACCUUCUGUCUCAGGAUGCCCGGACGAUGACAGCCCUCUACCGAGCCAUCGAGGUGAAGCUGUGGAGGCGCGACAUGGUAAAACUCGGCAGGGUGAAGCAGUUUAAAGCCGACAAGUGUUUUGAUCGGAUGCAGCUCAAAGGCUACACGGAGAAUUCCAUGGAUCUGAUAGAAGAGAUUGCUUUCAAUGGCCUUUACAACAAGAUUGUCGAUUUCCCGACGGCUCAACUGCAAACGCUGUACGACAACCUUCCUGGAAGAGCGGGCGAAUCUGAUGCCUCGCUGAUGGGGCUCUCAUUCCUCCGUACCGUCGAUGCCUCGCUGUCAAACAAGACUUUCUAUUUCAUUCACUUGACAUUUCAGGAGUUCUUCGCGGCGAACUACUUUGUCCGAUGCUGGGUGGAUGAUCAGCCGCUUGUUUGCUUUGACUUGGAGACAGACGAAUGCACAAAGCAGCCGACAAAAGAGUUUCUUCAGUGUGAGAAAUACAAUGGAAGAUACGACAUCGUAUGGCGCUUUGUCGCAGGGCUCCUUUGCACUCCAAAACACAAACACAAAUUGGUUGAAUUCAUGGAGGUCCUGGACGGAGAACCGAGGGAUCUAUUCGGACCGGCGCAACUACGCAUCCUCAUGCAUUGUUUCAGUGAGAUAGCAGCACUCCCAGAUACCGAGCCCGCCUUGGGAGACGUCAAAAGGCGGAUGGAGAAAGGCCUCUCACGCAUGAUGUCGAGCUCGUUAUCGCGUGAAAUGGAAUUCCCAGAGCAUCUCUUACGAGACGCUUUUCACGAUUCGUUCGGCUGGUCGUCGCUCUGGAUAAGAAAGGUCAAGGCCAUCGAAGCAAUAUCUAGACGUACACAAAUUUCGUCGAGCCUGUUACAGGAGGUAGCAGAUUGCUACUGCCCUAGAGACUCGGAAGAUUUGAAUUCAUAUCUGGCUCCUGUCUUCGCUCAACACUAUAGAGAAUGGCCAGAAAAAAUAGUCCAGGUAUUGGGUCCGCAGAGUCAUAACAACGAUCUGCGCAUCAACAUAUUACACCGGCUACCAGGCGGUAUCAAGUUACCGGACCGCAUUCUUGCCCUGGUCAUUUCCACCUUUGACGUCCCGCAAGAUUUGGCCCAAGAAAGUGCAGCCUUGAUGAUACAGCAGCAGUCUUCGUUAUCGGAAGCCAAUUUUCAAAGCUUGGUUGCUCUAUUAGACAGUGAGAGUGCCAUUGUGAAGAGAUGGGCCAUUAUAGCCCUCUCCGGCCAUCUUUCCACCCGCAGCAACAUUCCACCCAAGAUUCUGCGCUUGCGGACUGACAGCGAUUCACGCGUGAGGCGUCAGGUAGCCAAUGCUCUCGGGCUGGUUUCUGGUCGGGCAGAGGACCUGGAGGCUUUGGUCCAUCUGUUACGGGAUAGUGAGGACAGGGUGAGGGUGGAGGCUGCUAGAUCACUCGACCUGCAGCAUUCUCUGCCCCCGGGUCUCUUGGAUGAUCUUAGACGUGCAACUCAGGAUGUACACCCGAACGUCAGGCAAUGGGCAUUGUCAGCUUGGAGCAAAAACUGCUCGUCGGCGGAGAGUGUCUUUGAGACUUUGUUCAGUCGUGACUAUCAUGAUGAGAGAUACCGAGUGGCCGAACGCUUCCGCAGACAGUCGCCGUUGACCAAGGAGAUGCGAUUAUCUCUGAUGAUGGAACUGGAUAGUCAGAACCUCCAGAGAAAGUUCGGUGCGCUUGCCGCCUUGGAGACGCAGGAAGACUUGAGCGACGAGAUUCUCGCCGCACUAUUGCCACUGCUUGAAGAUCAUACCGACCAGAAUCUGCACAGGUAUGUUGUCGGCGUCUUCGCCAACCAGACAGUGCUCCCUGACUUUGCCGUGCAACCGCUGGCAUCCCAGCUCUCGGACGAGGGUCUGUAUUUCUCCAAGCCUGGCGUCAUGACUGCAUUGUCCCACUGUCGGAAACUACCGGAGAAUGUGCUGGAGGUGACGCUGUCUAGUUUUUGCACUCUUGAUAACCAAGAAGCCUUGCUUUGUAACCAGGACAGUCUACCGACAGGGAUCCUCCAGAUGGUCGCCUCCUUUCUGGUGAACGAUCCUUAUGGAAACACCAAGUACCACGCAGAGAGGAUUCUCCGACGGCGAGACGCGUUCUACUCCAUGCUGCCAAGCUUGAAUGCCAAUAUCUGGAUCUCGCUGUUCCAGAUUUGGUUUGAGAAGAGUCUUGAAGAGAACUGGAGCUGCUACUGCUGGAAGGACACGCUGCAUCUCUCUACGCCGCAGGGAGUCCACACCAUCCCGCUGGACACCAAGUCGACCCUUCGGAAACUCGCAAAGGCAACUGGAGCGUUGGAGGAUGAAAAGGAGGAGAUGUUUCCUGACCUGCAGCAUAUGCCUACACUGAGCGAACAUUUGCAGAAACUCACGGCACGGGUUAUUCGAGCGUUGCCGUACAUUCGAUAAUUCCCUGCAUCCUCGCAUUCGAUUACUUCCAAUUCCCUGCAUCCUCGAUUCCCUUUGCCACGCGAUUCACCCCAUCCUCCACCCCCGUCCCUGCGUCACUCAAGGCAUUCCCAACCGGCCGCCCAGCACUGCCCGUCGCGCUGGUGAUGGUAUUGCCUAGACCCCGCGAGGCAGCGCCGACGACAUCGCCGACUGUGCGUGAGAGGCCGCCGAUGGUGUUUCCGGCCGUGGAGGUGACGAAUUUCGCUGCACCUGUGGCUCCCGUGUUGGAGGACACUGUGGG